AACACACCAAUCGGAACAACAAUCCGAGAUGCUGCAACAACCCGCUCUGUCACUCUGUGUUACUGCUAAGGACACCUAAGAUAAUUAUUCAUUUUUUCGAAUGUGUUUAAAAGCAACCAGUUUUCAGUUUCUGGAGGAAAGCGCAAAGGAAUCUCUUCACUUCGUUGCAAAGGGAUUUUUUUUGUUACAAGUUAACUGGUGAAUAUAGACGUUCUCCAUAAAACAAGACAUCCCGUUUUUUCUUCACUUGAGCAGAUCGUCUAUUUGAACUUUGCUUGAUAUGAUGUUUCAUUGUUUGGAAGUUGAGCCUUCCCUUUUCAAGUAUACAUUUUGAAAAAACAUUUUCAUAGACUUUGUAUUGCUAACAUACUGAUUACAACGAAAUUUGCUUUUAGACAUCAUGUUACUGGACGCUGGCCACCAGUUCCCCGGACUGGGAGUAAGCACAUUUGCAAGGCAUCACUCAGCGAGCGAGAUGCAGGACAGAGACUUGAGUUUAGCACAAAAUAGCUUCGUUGACUCGGCACACAUGGGUGCGUUCAAACUGAACCAUGAUCUUUCUCCGGGACAGAGCUCUGCCUUUACCUCCCAGGCACCAGGCUACCCCGCGACGGCUUUAGGGGCACAUGCCGCCCAUGUCACCUCGUAUGCGAGCUCGCCUUUCAACUCUACCCGGGACUUUCUCUUUCGCAGCCGUGGGUUUGGAGAAUCCUCCCCGGCGAGUAGCCAGCACGCUAUUUUUGGCCCAACUGCGGGGUCUCUUCAUCACUCCCAUACAGACAGCCAGGGCCACAUUCUCUUCCCGGGGAUCCAUGACCAGCAUGGUUCCCACGGAUCCCCGAACGUGUUGAACGGGCAGAUGCGUCUUGGACUACCUGGGGAAGUUUUCGGGCGCUCCGAACAGUACCACCAGGUCUCCAGCCCGAGAACCGACCCCUACUCAGCCGCGCAACUGCACAACCAGUACGGCUCCAUGAAUAUGAAUAUGGGGAUGAACAUGGCAGCUCACCACCACCACCCCGGUGCCUUCUUCCGCUACAUGAGGCAACAGUGCAUCAAACAGGAGCUCAUCUGUAAGUGGAUCGACCCGGAGCAGCUUAGCAAUCCCAAGAAGAGUUGCAACAAAACUUUCAGCACCAUGCACGAGUUGGUCACGCACGUCUCGGUGGAGCACGUCGGUGGACCGGAGCAGAGCAACCACGUCUGCUUCUGGGAGGAGUGUCCGCGGGAGAGCAAGCCGUUCAAGGCAAAAUACAAACUAGUGAACCACAUUCGGGUGCACACAGGGGAGAAACCGUUCCCGUGUCCCUUUCCGGGAUGUGGCAAAGUCUUCGCCAGGUCCGAAAAUCUCAAGAUACACAAGAGAACACAUACAGGAGAAAAACCGUUCCAGUGUGAGUUCGAAGGAUGCGAUAGGAGAUUUGCAAACAGCAGUGACAGAAAGAAGCACAUGCAUGUGCACACGUCAGACAAGCCCUAUCUCUGCAAAAUGUGCGACAAGUCCUACACUCACCCCAGCUCUCUUCGCAAACACAUGAAGGUUCACGAGGCUACCCCCCCAGCCUCCGACUCCUCGCCAGCAGCCAGUUCUGGCUAUGAGUCCUCCACGCCCCCUGGCCUCGUCUCCCCCACUACCGAGACCCAAAACAACAACAAUCUAUCCCCCGCAUCAGCCGUCCACAACAACGGCCACAGCAGCCUAUCGUCCAAUUUUAGUGAAUGGUAUGUCUAAGACUAAACCGAACAAACGAUCCAUUCUCAAAAUCGGACCAUGGAACGCAAAGAUUGGGACACAUUCGUGCACGCACUGAGGAGGCAAAACACAAACGUUUCAAAAGCACUAAAAGCUCAUCGAAUCCACCAAGGAACAUGACAAAUUAGCCAACCAACAGAGGAAAAUAUGUAAUAUAUUCAAGUUGUAUUCAAUAUUGUAAAUAAUUACUAAAUGCCCUUUCCCAUUGAUUGUGAUAGAUUUUGUCAGUCUUUUGAUGUAUAGAUGUUCCUUCAAUGGUAGCUAUUUCUCUAACUGGACUUAUAGUGCACAUACUACAAUAAAGGUGUAUUAUGAUGUUAAAUAUUGUGAUCUUAAGGCAAAUUGAUUGUAACUAUACUAAACAUCUAUAAACUGGAAAGAGUGCCAAAGUCAACACUUAACUCAAACAGACCACAAUAUUUUGCUUGUGAAUGUAUAUUUUAGUUUGCUGGGCUUAACUUGUGAUGUUUUGUGCUUUGCAAGUUUGAAUUGUGAAAUGCUAUCUGGAAGAUUGUGGGGACAAUAAACGUCGUGCCGUUCGAUUUUCUGCAACUACGCCCUUCCUUUUGUAAAUAUCAACUGCCAUAUUUAUCCAUUUGUAAUUAAAUUAUGGUAUUUACUUGCUACAGAUGAAACAAUAUUUAUAAAGAAUGUUUCUUUACUAUAAAUAUGUACAAUGAUGAGCUAAACACGGGCAGUUGUUUUGUUAUGUGUUUAAGAGGUGUUUCCUUCAUUAUUGUGAUAAGAAUUUUACUGCAUACGAAUAUAAUAAAAGGU